AUGACGGCAGCCAUGGCUGCCAUCGCUUCUUCCUGCCAACUGGCUGUUGCCCCCACCGCUGCUGUGGCCAAGGUCGCUGCUCCUAAGCGUCAGGCCCGCAUUGUCUCCUUCGGCCAGUUCUCGGGCCUGAAGGCCUCCUCGUGCGUGUCGGCUGUCGCUGAGAGGAAGACUGUUGACGAGAGCUUUGCUCAGAUCGCUGCUGCUACCAGGCAGACUGGUGCUCGCGGCGGUGCUCUCUCCUCCAGGUGCGACGUCGGCUCCGAGAUCUUGCGAGUGGUGCCCAUCAUCGGAGGCAUGAUCUUCACCGGCAUUGCUCUGGGCUUCGUGCUGCUCCGUGUGGAGGCCUGGCUCGAGGAGGAGGAGGCUUAA